GUGGGAGGUGUGCAGUCUUUGGGGGGAACAGGUGCACUUCGAAUUGGAGCUGAGUUCUUAGCACGAUGGUAUAAUGGAACGAACAACAAGGACACGCCCGUCUAUGUGUCCUCACCAACCUGGGAGAAUCAUAAUGGUGUAUUUUCUGCUGCUGGAUUUAAAGACAUUCGGUCCUAUCACUAUUGGGAUGCAGCGAAGAGAGGACUCGAUCUCCAGGGUUUCCUGAAUGAUCUGGAGAAUGCCCCCGAGUUCUCCAUCUUUGUCCUCCACGCCUGUGCACACAACCCAACUGGGACUGACCCAACUCCGGAGCAGUGGAAGCAGAUUGCUGCCGUCAUGAAGCGCCGGUUUCUGUUCCCCUUCUUUGACUCAGCCUAUCAGGGCUUUGCAUCUGGAGACCUUGAAAAAGACGCCUGGGCCGUUCGCUAUUUUGUGUCUGAAGGAUUUGAGCUCUUCUGUGCUCAGUCCUUUUCCAAGAACUUCGGGCUCUACAAUGAGCGAGUGGGCAAUCUGACUGUGGUUGCAAAAGAACAUGACAGCAUCCUGCGGGUCCUUUCCCAGAUGGAGAAGAUUGUGCGAAUUACUUGGUCCAACCCUCCUGCUCAGGGAGCACGAAUUGUGGCCUCUACCCUCUCUAACCCUGAGCUCUUUAAGGAAUGGACAGGUAAUGUGAAGACGAUGGCUGACCGGAUUCUGACCAUGAGGUCUGAACUCAGGGCACGCUUAGAAGCCCUCAAGACUCCUGGAACCUGGAACCACAUCACUGAGCAAAUUGGAAUGUUCAGCUUCACCGGCUUGACUCCCAAGCAGGUUGAAUAUCUGGUUAAGGAAAAGCACAUCUAUCUGCUGCCAAGUGGUCGGAUCAACAUGUGUGGCUUAACUAGUAAAAAUCUAGAUUAUGUGGCCACCUCCAUUCAUGAAGCAGUCACCAAAAUCCAGUGAAGAAAACACCUCCCCAACCAGCACCACCAAAGCAGCCCUGUCACGUGUGUUCCCUGCCUGUGCAAGCCUAGCUGUGCGUGUCACGGAAGGAGACUCCCGAGGGCUGGAAGGCUGCUCUGGUGAGCCGGCCCCACGUGAAGAGAAUGUCCCUUGUAAAGAAAUGGGGGCCAGGGAUUAGAAUGCCCCUUAGGAGGCCAGAGCAAAUUAAGGUUUUAAUUUAAGAAGAAUAAAAAGGUACUUUGAUCAUGACACGUAGAUAUCUUGCCCCCUCACUAGAAGCCAGAAUGUUGCCUCUGUUGCUCAUGUGCUUCUGUGUAUUGCUUGACUCUGCACAAAGUCUUGUCCCAAAGAUCAAGUUGUUGGAAGAGCCAGCCGUGAUUGUGAGUGUUGGCUGUGUCAUUAAAACUCGUCAUCUCUACCCAGA